AUGAAGACGAUCACGGGAUCCAAGUCUACCUCCGUGCAAGCGAGCGCACCAACAGGAAUUUGUCGAAGUUCUUCUCCACGACGAGGACGGUUUGCUACUGGCAGUGCAAGCACGUUCGCGAGUGCGCACUCGUAUCUCGCGAACAAUGGUUGCCCAGUCGCUUCUUCUUUGGUGAAACGGGUACGCCUGCACCACACGCGUUUAUCCGCAGAGAUGCUGCAGCAAAGCGAAAGUCUCAGUUCACUUCGAGGUCUCUUCUCCGAAGUACAGGACUUGAGUUUCAAGUUAGCCGGUCAAACAUGCACGGCCCGUUGGACGUUUGGAAAUCUUGCGAAAGUCCUACCAGAUGCACAUGCGGUUUUUUCCCUGAAAGAAAACUACCAUCAGCAAGUCGUUGGUGCCGUUCGGUUCUUGCACAAGACGGCUGUAGUUGGUGGCAGAAGUAGUUGUACACCUCCAGGCACAACAAGCUCUUCUGAACAAGACUCCACUCAAGGAGCAGGAAGUUCUUACUAUUCCGAUACCACAUGGGCAGACAACAUCUUAGAGGAGGCAGGAGGAUCGACAAAGAGUCGACGAGACGCCAUCCGAAAACACAGCAAGAGCAUCAUGCUACAAGUAGUGAUCGAUCGCGUCCUGAAGGUGGACCACACAUCAGCUGCGUCAUUCUUGUCGCGUUACAGUGCUGCUGUAAAAGAAAGCUUUGACGGCGAAUCUUCCACUUCGCUUUCAAAUGAUUUUGAUGCAGGGACAGCGGCGUCGGGGGGCUCUGGAGGUGCUGGUGCUGGUGGUGGUCCGGGAACAGGUCACUUUGAGCACCAAAGCGAACAAGCCUCUACUAGUAAUGAUCCGGCCUCAGGGAAGAUGGCUCCUCGACCUAUUUCGCCUGGUGCUUCGGCUUCUCUGGGCUCUGGGCAUCUAGGCAGAUCGACCUCUACUUCUACCUCGUCUCAGCAACUAGUCGGAUCGAUGGAAUUCGAAGUUAUCGACGACACGUUCGAAGACUUUUUGCGCUUUUUGGAUGGACGUGUGUCUUUGUCUGAGCCGGUUUUCUGCUAUAAUCCAGGCGACCGUGUGCGUGUGCGCAUGAAACUACAGCAGCCGUCGAAUCCGCACAGUUUUGCAGGUGGAAGUAGGGGAACAACAGCCGGAAGUUCUGCUUUAGGCGGUCACGGUGCUGCCUCGUCUACUUUACCCCACUUCCAAGCCCCAUCGAUGGAGCCUGUUUUUCUGCCUUUUUAUCCGCCCUCGCAGUUGUUUCCUGCUUCUGGGAAGGAAAUGGAGUUCUAUCAGAAUUCACCUUCUUCCAAGAUGCGAUCAAGGGCUCCAGCCGCUCGUCAAUCUACUUCUCGACACAACAAUAACUAUCGCGCCUCGACUACUGCAGGAGGUGGCCCUGCAGGAGGUGGAAACAUGAACUACAACUACAAUACCUCCAGAAGUUCUAGAGCCCACAUGAACAUGAUCAUGAAUAGUUCUCGGUACAGCAUAGCCUCAGGAGGCCACCUUUCAUCGUCGAUGCCGGAGUUACUGCCUUUAGAUCAAUGGUUCUCUUUUGCUGGAGCGUUAGCGACUCGAGAAGCAGAUGUGAAUCAUGGAGGCGGAACAGCUGGAGGCGAAUUCGUUGAGGUAAGCAUCGCAGGUUACUCUCCAGAAAAGGGGACUUAUUUGAUCCAGCUGGACAAUCCAGAUGGUACAAAAUUUGUGGAGCCACCGGCUGACGAUGACGAUGCCAAGGGUGGAGAUGCACUGCAUGGGAAUGAGCACGAUAGGGAUAGCAACCCUGCGAGUGCAGGAGCCACUUCUUCUAGUAAAAAUUUAGGAGGACAACUUAAUCCGGCUAGUCGUGCUGGGGUCUUCUCCAGUGGCGCACGAUUAGCAUUCAAUCCUUGCUUCGGCAACCACUGUAGCGGCAAUAGCUACCACUACAGAGGAGGGACGCAACUUCUAGUGUUUGUGAAGAAAAAAUGGUUAGACGCGGUAGUCGUCUAUCACCAUGCGCACACCAACCGCCAUUUGGUGCGGAUAUCGAUCUCCUUAUCACCUACGGAGUUACACACCUGGGCCAGCGAUGCAUGGGCAGGAAAGGUGAACAGCAGCUCUUCAGGUGCGCCUCCAAGUUCUCCAGGAUGCUCGGAUGAAGAGGCACAAGAAGAGCAGAUCCGAGAUGUCCUCCUAGAUUUGAAUAGUUUCAAUCACUGCGUUGCCAAACAGAUGACCGCGAGGGGCUUUGAGGACGAAGCCCACCGGUUGCGAACCUUCAUGAAAGCACGCUAUGGCUUUAUCAUCGACAGCAUCUCCGGCGCCAAGUUAGAUCUGCGAGUCGACUGUGCGGACUUUAGACUGACCGAACACGGACAUCAACGGGAAAACAUUUUCUUCAGUGCCUGCGAGAGCGAAUUCCUUCCUCCGAUGACAAGUUGUGCGACAAAUGUCACAACAUCAGAAAUAGGUCAACAAACUUGGGCCCCAGCAGAGGAAUUGGCGGAUUUGUUGUGCGUAAAGAACUCCGACGUCGACCGUAGCUGCGGGUGUUCACGGCCACGUGCGUUUUUGGUGAGAGGUCCUUCGGGUAGCGGCAAAAGUUGUCUGAUUCGGAAAUUAGUCGUGGCGAUACUGUCUGAACCGGGACACGAACUUCUGCCUCUUCUCAUUCCUGUGACUGAGUUCUUCGCGAGAACCCAGACAUCUCCGUCUAACCUUGGAGGCGGUGGGUCUGGGCGGGAAUCGCAGAGUGGAGCUAGUGCGCCUGGUUCAUCUGCAUCUAUGUCGUCUCCAACAAACGGCGAAAUGCCAGUUGGCCGUUUGCAGUCGACUCGAUCGGGGAACGAUUUUGCGCAGCCUACGAAAUCUGUAACACCAGGAGGCACAGGCGCGCCUUCGUCUUCGAGUGGUGUAGCAAGUCAAUCUGUUGCUGCAACAGGAGCUAUGGGUUCAUCUGUUACCGGAGGUAUACCUGAAUCUCCACCCGGAGCUGCUGCUGCAGCGGACCUCGACUUCGAUUCAGACGAGGACGAGAAUCAACGGGAGGAAGAACAACUCAGCACGACAAUUGACUUGGUAGACCGCUAUUUGCGUAUCGUUCAUGGGGAAGAGUCCGCGCGUUACCAGUUGUUGCGACACGCGAUUGAUUGUCAUCGUGUCGUUUUUCUCUUCGACAGUGAUUCCGACGAUUUGUCUCCGCAACUAGAGCACAUUUUGAUGGGCUUAGCGCUUGCGCAUCACCGUGUCUGCGUGGCCAUGAGACCCUCGGAUAGUCUGACAUUUUUUCCUACCACAAGAGGAAGUGGAGUUAGCGGUGGGCAGCUCCUGAAUAAAGAUUUACUACACAGUACUGCAACCGGAAGGCGAAGCUCGCGUGUAA